AUGGGGCGGGCAAGUAAGGCCUCGGUAUUGUUUGAGGAAAUCUCGGAGAGCAAUGCAGGGUCUUUCAAUACCUUGCUUUGUGGGUUGAUGAGUAAUGGAAGGUUAUAUAAAGCAAUAAAGUUUUCUGGUGGGAUGGUGAAAAAGAUUUUUUGUACAGCUAUGAUUCAUGGGUUAAUAGUAAAUGAAUUGCACCAAACAGAUUUGGGGUUGUUAUUCAAGAUGGUGGAAGCGGGGAUGAAGCCAAAUGAUUUAACUGUUGUAAUUGCUUUUUCUGCUCGUAUAAAAGCCGGGGCAUUAGAGACAGGGAGAAAGAUUCAUGAUAAUAUUUUUAACAAGGGUCUCUAUUUGAUUGCAACAGUUGACAAUGCUUUGCUUGAUAUUUAUGCAAAAUGCAACGGGAUGAAGUCCACAAACUUGGUUUUUAUUGGAUUGACAGAGAAUCAUAUAUGUUCUUGGUGUGUUAUUAUACUGAUUGGACUAGAAGCUAAAGGAUAUACACUAGUAAUCUUUGUGACAUUAGCAGUAAAGAGCAUGGAAUUUGUUUCUAAGGGAAAAAUCUUACACGUUCCAUUUGACCCUGGGGGAAGCUACCUUGGAGCUACUGAAUAUCCUUACCACUACACAACUCGUAUGAAGAGUGACAAAUAUCUCAGUGCAUUAAAGAGAGCUAGUGUCAAAAAUCUAUAA